AUGUCAUUAGAAUCGAAUGUAGAACCACGUCCAUCAAUAUUCGAUAGAAGAAAACGGGGCUGUACUGAUUGGCCAUGUUUACUAAUCUUCGUUCUACUUCUAAUUCUAUAUAUUCUUUUUGCCAUAUUUGUAUUUCGUGAAGGUUCAUUACGUCGUUUUAUAUAUCCAACAGAUACUCAAGGUCGUAUAUGUGGUACAGAUUCACAAAUUCAUCGAGAUUAUUUACAAUUUUUCGAUAUUAUCAAAUGUAUCAAAUAUAUUUUAAUCGGUGCUCGAUGUCCUACACCACAAAUAUGUGUUGAACAAUGUCCAUCGAAAUUUUAUCAUUAUAAAUUAUUAUAUGUACAAGAAUUAAAAUUACCAACAAUUAACAAAGAUAAAAUUAAACAAAUUCGAGCACAACUUUCAUGUGAAAAAUCAGCUGAAUCACAAGUUGAAAAUCCUAAUAUAUCUAUCUAUAGUCUUGUAAAAGAACGGAAAGUUUGUGCGCCUUAUUCUUUUCCAUCAAUAAAUUUUUAUGGUCGAUGUCUUCCAUCAAUAAUUGUUCAUGCAUUAAAUCUAACAAUUCAACAAGCUGAUGAUAUUAUUAAAAAUCGUGGUGGAAAUACCACUGAUGACGAUAUUAUACCAGAUAAAAUUUCUAUGCAAAAUAGUUUAGAAUAUUUUAAAAAAGCUUUACAAAUCAAACGUGUUAUAUCCUAUAUGUUUGAAGAUUUAAUUGAAAGUCGUUAUGUUCUUUUAUUAUCACUUCUCUUUGCAAUGAUAAUACUUCUUAUCUAUAUGUUUUUAUUACGUUAUCUUGCACAAUGGAUAAUUUGGUUAUCAUUAAUAUUAUGUAUUAUCGUAUUUGCACUUGCAGCUAGUUUUUGUUUUGUAGCUCGAAUACGAAUGGAAAAAUAUUCGACUAAUAACAAUGCAUUAUUUGAUCUUGAUGAAAUGAAUAUAACAUUAAAUAUAAAUAAUUUCGAUAUAAAUAAUACAGAUACAAAAAUAUCAGCAGUUGAAAAAUUUGAUACAGCAAUGAAUUUAUUAGAUGAAUUUGUACCGAUGAGUGUUAUAUGGUUAAUAAUAGGAAUUAUUUGUUGUAUUGUAUGUGCAAUUUUAAUGAUUUGUACAUGUUGUUUAUGCGAACGAAUUCGAUUAGCUGCAGCUUUAAUCGAAGAAGCAAGUAAAGCUAUUUGUUAUGCAUUAACUAUCUUAAUUUGGCCUAUAAUUACAUUUAUUUUAAAUAUUGGUUUUGUUAUAUUGGGUAUUUUAGUUCUUGCACAUUAUUCGACUUUAGGUCGACCUAUAUAUCAAAUAAGUUGUACUCAAGAUUUUGGACAAUCCUGUCGAAAAGAAUCUUUACGUUCUUAUGUUUUAUCGAAUGAAACAAGACAAAUAAAUAUUCAUUCAAUACCAAAAUCAUGUUUAGAUUAUCAUGAAGGAGAUAGUUGUAAUGUCGAUGAAUUUACACAAUUAAAUUGUACAAUCGAUCGUAUUCAAUGUGUUUAUGUUUCCUAUGGUUUUGUUGAUGAAACAUUUCAACAUUAUCUAAAUUCAAUAUGGAGUCAUCGAUUUGCUCAAUUUCUAAGUGAACAUUCAUGGUUGGUUAAUAUAUUUAAUAUAUUUAUGAUUUAUUGGUUAUUGGCAUUUACUAUUGCACUUGAACAAAUGAUUUUAGCAUGUACAUUUGUUUCAUAUUAUUGGCAAUUAAAUCAAUUAAAUCAAAAAUGUUGUCAUAAUUAUAUCCACAAAUGUCUAUGUUUUCAAGGCGUAUUAUUAACAUUUCGUUAUCAUUUAGGUACAAUUGCAUUUGGUAGUUCAAUUAUUGCUAUUAUUGAUACAUUACGAACUGCAAUCGAUUUAAUUAAAGAUCGAAUGGAAGCCAUGAAUAUUGAUAAUUAUGGAAAAUGUUGUUUAAAAUUAAUUAAAGGUUCACUUAAUUGUAUUCGAUGUUGUUUUCAAUUUUUUUCAAGAUAUACUUAUAUUAUGACAGCUGUUAGUGGUAAAUGGUUUUGUUCAUCAGCAUUCACUGCAACAAAACUAUUAUUAGAAAAUUGUUUACGUGUAUUUAUACUUGAUCGUGUUUGUGCUAUACUUUUAUAUAUUGGACGAAUAACUAUUACAAUUGGUUCAUGUGUUUUCACUGCAUAUAUGCUUGAUAAUAUUGGACUCAAUAUUACCUUACAUUUUUCAUGGUUUCCCGUACUUAUUAUUGGUAUAAGUGUUUAUAUAAGUUCAGCUAUAUUUCUGAAUGUUUAUGCAACAGCAACAUCAACAUUAUUUUUUUGUGUUAUAUAUGAUUUGGAAGUUCGUAAUGAUUCACAACAAAUAUCAAAUCGUUUAAGAGAAAUUAUUGAUAAAUCGAAUGAUUUUCGAAAAACAAAAUUUGAAAUAAUUGAUGAACAAUCGACAAAUGAUAGAACACAAUCAAGAUUUUAG